AUGUCAGAUCUAUCGCAGCCCGUCGCGGCGCCGAGGCGGGUAGUCCAAAGGCUCGUGUCCCUCCUCGGCGGCCUAGGCCUCACAGCAUACGCCGCCGACAGGUUCUACCUAGGAAGCGUGGUGAUGCGCAGCGCUAGGGCCUACGGGACCAUGGCUCUAGUCGGCCUCGACUACAAGCUGCACCUCGGGAACCGGCCCUACGUCGCCGGCGUGCCCCUCGACACACUUCACGACCGCAACGCCCGCCGCGUCUGCGACAUGCUGAAGAGCAACGGCGGGCUCUACCUCAAGGCCGGUCAGGCCGUCGCCAUGCAGGCCGGUGGCGUCUUGCCCGAGGCCUACCGGCGCGCCUUUUCCGAGACGUUCGACGACGCCGCGAGGGCGCCGUGGGCCGACGUCGAGGCCGUAGUCCGCAGGGACUUUGGGCGGUCCGUCGAGCAGGUCUUCGGAGCCGACGCCGUCGAGCGCGAGCCCCGCGCUGCGGCUUCCAUUGCGCAGGUUCACUAUGCCCGUCUGUCGGACGGCCGCGAGGUCGCUAUCAAGGUCCAGCGCAGACAGAUCGCCGCCCAGGUGUCCUCGGACCUGUCGACGCUCAAGCGCAUGAUCGAGUACGCCGCCGAAGCGACCUCGAUCCCCAUGGGCUCCCUCGGGGGCUUCGUCAUGGACCACGUCAUGCAGGAGACCGACUUCGAGAACGAGAGGGCCAACGCCGAGCGCCUCGCCGGCUUCGUCCGCAACGACCCGCGGCUCCGCGACCGCGUCCACAUCCCCGUGGUCUACCCUGAGCUCAGUUCGAAGCGAGUCCUGACGACGGAAUGGAUUCACGGCCGUAGCCUGUGGGACAAGGACGGAAUCACGGCGCCGUAUACAUCGACACCCGCCGGUGACGGGGGCGGCGGUGGCGGGCUGGGUCUCGGCCUGCGCGAUGUCAUGGAGACCGUUGUCGAGCUCUUCUCGGCCCAGAUGUUCCGCUACGGAUUCGUCCACUGCGACCCCCACCCAGGCAACAUCCUCGUCCGGCGCACGCCGUCGGGGAAACCCGAGAUCGUCCUGCUGGAUCACGGCCUCUACGUCACCCUGUCCGACAACCUGCGUCGGCAGUACGCACUGUUCUGGAAAGCCCUCCUGACGCAGGACGCCGAGAGCCUGAAGCGGGUGUCGCGGGCCUGGGGCAUGGAGGACCCGGCGCCGUGGGCCGACGCGUUGGCGAUGAGGUCCGGGAAGCAGCCAGGGCCCGCGCGCGGGGAGGAGACGGCCCGGGAGCGCGAGGAGCGCAUGAUCGCCGAGGCGGCCGGGUAUUUCGGGGAGGACGGGCUGUGGCCGCCGGAGCUCGUCUUCCUCGAGCGCAACCUGGGGCUGGUGCAGGGCAGCAACCGACAUCUCGGGUCGCCGGUGAACCGCGUCAAGAUGGUCGGGGCCGCGGCCAUGCGCGCCGUCGCCAUCGACGGCCAGGGUGCCGGGCGGCGGGAGCCGUUGUGGGAGAGGGCGCGGUCGCGGUGGUCGCUUUUCCUGUUGGACUUGGCGUUUUGCCUCAGCAGCGUCAGGCAGUACUUCGGUUACGGCGGCGGGUUCGAGGAGGACCUGAAGGGGGAGGAAGAGGAUAGGUCGGCGCGGGAGCUGAAGGAUGCGUUGGCGGUCGUGUUGGGCGUCGCGGUGGACUAG